GGCCUCCUCUCACCAGUUUGGGUGACCGAGGAACCCCCAGGCCGGCAGAAGCUGAGCUCUCGGGUUCGAGUCCGUGUUUUCACUUUUUGUCAGACUGCGGGCGCAGAAGACGGGAUUUGGGUCAAGACACUUGGCUCUGGCCCCCUGGCCGGCCGGGGGAACCCUGGAACCCCAUGGAGACAGCAGGUCACUUCCUGCUUCCUGGUCCCCACGGUGGCUUCUUGGCCAGGAGUGCAGGGACUCCUCCUCCUUCUCCACGUCGGGCUCAAAAGGGUGGAAACUAAGGCAGAUCGGUGGUGGAGCGGUCAGAUGGGGAUUGAAGAGGAGUGUCAUUCCUCAGGGAAUUGCUGUUCCUGGCAAAACCAAACUUGUUUGGGGUUGGAGAACGGGGAUUGAGGAGGUUAGCUGGAGUUGUCCUUUGAUCGGAAACCCAGCCCCUUUGAUUACAGCUGCACCUUGGUCGGAAGCCCAGCCCCUCGGUAACCUAAGCGCUCAAAGCCGGUCUGUCCAGAAUAGUGGUGGUGAAGGGACGGAAAAUUGGAGUUGAGAGAUGUAGUACUCCGUUCACGUAAAGUUUCGGUGUAUAACACUUACGAGUAAUUGCCAACUUAAAAAAAAAAAAAAAGACUUUCGGUAGUUUAGUAAUAAUAUUGGCUUGGGAUGAGGUUUUCUUUGAAGAGAAACGCUUUGUUACAGAGGGAAAAGCCGACCAUACUUGAUAUGAGUAAUAUUCUACUAUGCUACGUUUCCGGAACCUAUAGAGCUUCUCUUAUUCACAGAUUUAAUCUUCAUGCUAAAUAGUGGAAAGUAAGAAAAUUGAAGUCAAAGACCAUGGGAGAUACAGCAAAACCUUAUUUCGUGAAGCGCACUAAAGACCGGGGGACUGUGGAUGAUGAUGACUUCAGAAGGGGUCACCCCCAACAAGAUUAUUUAAUAAUAGAUGACCAUGCUAAAGGCCAUGGCAGUAAAAUGGAAAAGGGCCUUCAAAAAAAAAAGAUAACACCAGGGAACUAUGGGAAUACCCCCAGAAAAGGACCAUGUGCUGUUUCCAGCAAUCCAUAUGCAUUUAAAAACCCAAUCUACAGUCAACCCGCUUGGAUGAAUGACAACCACAAAGACCAGAGUAAGAGAUGGCUGUCUGAUGAACAUACUGGUAAUUCAGACAACUGGAGGGAAUUCAAACCUGGACCUAGAAUUGCUGUUAUAAAUCGACAAAGAAAAGACUCCUUUCAAGAAAAUGAAGAUGGUUAUAGGUGGCAAGACACAAGAGGCUGCAGAACUGUAAGACGACUGUUUCAUAAAGACCUAACAAGCCUAGAAACCACGUCAGAAAUGGAAGCAGGAAGUCCUGAAAACAAGAAGCAGAGGUCCAGACCUAGGAAGCCACGGAAGACUAGAAAUGAGGAAAAUGAGCAGGAUGGAGACUUGGAAGGCCCUGUGAUCGAUGAGUCUGUGCUUUCAACGAAGGAGCUGCUAGGCUUACAGCAGGCUGAGGAGAGACUGAAGAGAGACUGCAUUGACAGGCUAAAAAGGAGACCACGAAACUACCCUACAGCAAAGUACACCUGCAGACUCUGUGAUGUUUUAAUUGAAUCCAUUGCAUUUGCUCAUAAGCAUAUCAAGGAGAAGAGGCACAAGAAAAACAUUAAGGAGAAGCAAGAGGAAGAGUUGCUCACUACGUUACCCCCACCAACACCCUCUCAGAUAAAUGCAGUUGGCAUUGCCAUUGACAAAGUGGUACAGGAAUUUGGCUUACACAAUGAGAACUUGGAACAGAGGCUAGAAAUUAAACGUAUCAUGGAAAAUGUGUUCCAACACAAGUUACCAGAUUGUUCCCUAAGAUUAUAUGGGUCAUCCUGUAGCAGAUUGGGUUUCAAAAAUUCGGAUGUAAACAUUGACAUCCAGUUUCCAGCCAUUAUGUCUCAGCCAGAUGUCCUCUUACUUGUUCAAGAAUGUUUAAAGAACAGUGACUCCUUUAUUGAUGUUGAUGCAGACUUCCAUGCUAGGGUGCCGGUGGUGGUGUGCAGAGAAAAGCGAAGUGGUCUUCUGUGUAAAGUGAGUGCAGGAAAUGAAAAUGCUUGUCUGACAACAAAGCAUUUAACCGCCCUUGGAAAACUAGAACCAAAGCUGGUUCCUUUGGUGAUUGCAUUUAGGUACUGGGCAAAGCUUUGCAGUAUAGAUCGCCCUGAAGAAGGAGGUCUGCCACCUUACGUGUUUGCCCUGAUGGCCAUUUUCUUUCUUCAGCAGAGGAAAGAACCCCUUUUGCCUGUAUAUCUAGGAUCAUGGAUUGAAGGGUUCUCAUUAAGCAAACUAGGGAAUUUCAACCUUCAAGACAUUGAAAAAGAUGUUGUGAUCUGGGAACAUACUGACAGUGCUGCAGGGGACACAGGCACAACAAAAGAAGAGGCACCAAGAGAAACGCCAAUUAAAAGGGGACAGGUGUCAUUAAUAUUGGAUGUGAAACACCAGCCUUCAGUACCAGUUGGGCAGCUCUGGGUGGAAUUGCUGCGAUUCUAUGCUUUAGAAUUUAAUUUGGCUGAUUUAGUGAUAAGUAUUCGUGUCAAAGAAUUGGUAUCUCGGGAAUUGAAGGAUUGGCCCAAAAAGCGCAUUGCCAUUGAAGAUCCCUACUCUGUUAAAAGAAAUGUGGCAAGAACCCUAAAUAGUCAACCUGUGUUUGAAUAUAUACUUCAUUGUUUAAGGACAACAUACAAGUAUUUUGCUCUUCCACACAAAAUUACAAAAUCCAACCUUCCAAAGCCUCUGAAUGCAAUUACAUGUAUUUCAGAACAUUCUAAAGAAGUAAUAAAUCAUGAUCCAGAUAUACAAACAAAAGAUGAUAAGCUCAAAAACUCAGUUUUGGCCCAAGGUCCUAGUGCUACCAGUUCAGCUGCAAAUACCUGUAAGGUACAGCCACUUACUCUUAAAGAGACUGCUGAAAGCUUUGGAAGCCCACCAAAAGAAGAAAUGGGAAAUGAACACAUCAGUGUCCACCCUGAAAACUCAGACCGUAUCCGAGCAGAUGUUAACUCUGAUGAUUACAAGGAUGAUAAAGUACACCAUCCAGAAACAGGAAGGAAAAACGAGAAAGAGAAAGUUGGAAGGAAGGGCAAGCAUCUGUUGACUGUUGAUCAGAAACGUGGAGAGUGUGUUGUCUGUGGCAGCACACGUAAUAAUGAGUCAGAGAGCACUUUGGAUUUAGAAGGCUUCCAAAAUCCCACAGCUAAAGAGUGUGAGGGACUUGCCACUUUAGAUAACAAGGCUGAUCUUGAUGGAGAAAGUACAGAAGGUACUGAGGAACUAGAAGACUCUCUAAACCACUUUACCCACUCAGUACAGGGCCAGACAUCAGAAAUGAUUCCCUCUGAUGAAGAGGAGGAGGACGACGAAGAGGAGGAGGAGGAAGAAGAACCUAGUAUCACGAUUAACCAAAGGGAAGAUGAAGAUGGCAUAGCUAAUGAAGAUGAGUUAGACAACACCUACACUGGGUCAGGGGAUGAGGACGCCCUAUCUGAAGAGGAUGAUGAGUUAGGCGAGCCUGCUAAGUAUGAAGACGUGAAAGAAUGUGGAAAACAUGUAGAAGGAGCUCUCCUAGUAGAACUUAAUAAAAUAAGUCUUAAGGAAGAAAAUGUAUGUGAAGAAAAUUCACCUGUGGAUCAGUCUGAUUUUUUUUAUGAAUUCAGUAAACUUAUCUUCACCAAAGGCAAGUCUCCUACGGUAGUGUGCAGCUUAUGCAAACGAGAGGGUCAUCUAAAGAAGGACUGUCCUGAAGACUUCAAAAGAAUCCAACUAGAACCUCUGCCACCGUUAACACCCAAGUUUUUAAAUAUCUUAGAUCAAGUCUGUAUCCAGUGUUACAAGGAUUUUUCUCCAACAAUUAUAGAAGAUCAGGCUCGUGAACAUAUUCGGCAAAACCUAGAAAGUUUCAUAAGACAGGACUUUCCAGGAACUAAAUUGAGCCUGUUUGGCUCCUCCAAAAAUGGAUUUGGGUUCAAACAGAGUGACCUUGACGUCUGUAUGACAAUUAAUGGACUUGAAACUGCUGAGGGAUUGGACUGUGUCAGAACUAUUGAAGAAUUAGCAAGAGUCCUCAGAAAACAUUCAGGUCUGAGAAACAUCUUACCUAUUACAACAGCAAAGGUGCCAAUUGUGAAGUUCUUCCAUUUGAGAAGUGGUCUGGAAGUAGAUAUCAGUUUGUAUAACACAUUGGCCCUUCAUAACACAAGGCUUUUAUCUGCUUAUUCCGCCAUUGAUCCCAGAGUGAAGUAUUUGUGCUAUACCAUGAAAGUAUUUACAAAGAUGUGUGAUAUUGGUGAUGCAUCUAGAGGCAGCUUAUCAUCGUAUGCAUAUACUCUUAUGGUGCUAUAUUUUCUCCAGCAGAGGAAUCCACCAGUCAUUCCUGUCCUUCAAGAGAUAUACAAAGGUGAAAAGAAACCUGAAAUAUUUGUUGAUGGCUGGAAUAUUUAUUUUUUUGAUCAAAUAGAUGAACUGCCUACCUAUUGGCCAGAAUGUGGAAAAAAUACAGAAUCUGUUGGGCAGUUAUGGUUGGGCCUUCUUCGUUUCUACACAGAGGAAUUUGAUUUUAAAGAACAUGUUAUUAGCAUCAGGAGAAAAAGUCUGCUUACAACUUUUAAGAAACAGUGGACCUCAAAAUACAUUGUUAUUGAAGAUCCGUUUGAUUUGAAUCAUAAUCUUGGAGCUGGAUUAUCAAGGAAAAUGACAAAUUUUAUAAUGAAGGCUUUUAUCAAUGGUAGAAGAGUAUUUGGUAUUCCUGUCAAGGGAUUUCCAAAAGACUACCCCUCAAAAAUGGAAUACUUUUUUGAUCCAGAUGUGUUAACUGAAGGAGAGCUGGCCCCAAAUGAUAGAUGUUGUCGAAUUUGUGGGAAAAUCGGACACUUCAUGAAGGACUGUCCUAUGAGGAGAAAAGUAAGACGGCGGCGAGAUCAGGAAGAUGCCCUGAACCAAAGAUACCCUGAGAACAAGGAAAAAAGAAGCAAAGAGGACAAAGAAAUUCACAACAAGUGCACAGAAAGGGAGGUGUCAACAAAAGAAGAUAAGCCCAUACAGUGCACACCUCAGAAAGCCAAACCAACGCGGGCAGCUGCUGACUUGGGGAGGGAGAAGAUCCUCAGGCCACCAGUAGAAAAAUGGAAGAGACAGGAUGACAAAGACUUAAGAGAAAAACGUUGUUUUAUUUGUGGAAGAGAAGGGCACAUUAAAAAGGAAUGCCCACAGUUUAAAGGCUCUUCAGGUAGCCUUUCCAGUAAAUAUAUGACUCAGGGAAAAGCCUCAGCGAAGAGGACCCAGCAGGAAUCAUGAGGGAAGGAAAAUGCAGCACUCUAAAUGGCCACUCAGGCAUUCCUAUUCACUCGGAAAAUUAGGUUCAUUUCACAGGACACAGCAGUGUAGAUCAGGCUUCAACUUAACAUUUAAGGGAAAUGUCAGAUUUUUUUUUUAAUUUAAUGAAAUUGUUAAUGAGGAAAAAUUUUUAAUAUAGUCUUAUCUACCACACAUCCCCAUAGAUUUAAGGAUUUUAAUAGAAAGUCAUGAUGUAUGUAUUUAAGCCAGGUUAAAAGAAAAAAUGUAACUAUGAACCGGUAUUCAGUGAAUACAGAUUCAUGGUUUUUAAUUCUUUCAAAGCACAUUAAAAAUGGUGUGCUGAUAAACCCCAAGUAAAUUAACCCUUUUUCCGUAUAAAUCCAUUUUUUGUUUUGAAGAGGGGAAAUUAUAUUUAUUGUUGUUUACUGAAUCCUGGUGUGAACACAUAUCAAAUAUGUAUUAACUGCUACUGCUGUACUUCCGAUUUACGGACAUCAUUUUAUUGCUAUUUGUAGACAUGAUAACAUGAACAUGAGUACCUAUUUAUGUGGGCCUUCAGGGGAUGGGCAGUGCCACUCAGGUCUCUGGAGUUUCCCUAAGUAAAUUGACAUAUAACUACUAUGCUUAUAAAAAUGAAGUAAGGAAAACAAGUAGUCCUGUUUGCCACUAAAAACAUUUUCAAAGGAAAAAUAAAAUGAAAGUACUUUUUACUUUUUAUGAUACUCAGAAAUUAGGAUGAAGAACUUUUAAAAUUCCUGAAGAUCAAAGAGGUUAUCUCUGCCAGUCACAAGUGUGGCUGGUGUCAUUCUGGGUCUGACUGGAGCCCUCCUGGACUGUUUAAUUUCAAAAGCCCUGCAGACAUAGUACCUGGUCAGAACUAUGCCUCGGUUUAUUUAUCAUUUUGAAAUAAAAUCAAAAUUUCAACCUGUAA